AUGAAGUCUGCUAUUGCCAUCCUGCUCUCAUCCGCUGCGGCUGUGGUCGCCUACCCGCCCGGUAUCCCUAGCGAGUCCGAGGCUCGCUCUCUCCUAUCCGGAUUGACCGUCAGGGAGCCCGAGGAUGACGGCUCGUACGACCGCGACUUGUUCCCUCACUGGGAGACUGUCGAGGGGACUUGUAGCGCUCGCGAGUACGUCCUCCGCCGCGAUGGCGAUGACGUCCAGGUCGGCAGCGACUGCUACCCUACGGCCGGCACGUGGACAAGCGUGUACGACGGUGUGACGGAGUCUGUGCCGAGCAAGAUUUCUAUCGAUCACAUGGUUCCCUUGAAGAAUGCGUGGAUUUCUGGUGCUUCCGAAUGGACCACGUCUGAGCGUGAGAAGCUGGCCAACGACGUCGACGCUCCGCAGCUAUGGGCCGUCACAACGUCCAUCAACUCCAAGAAGAGUGACAGGUCGCCGGACUCGUGGAAGCCUCCGUUGACGUCGAUCCACUGCGACUACGCUGCCUCCUGGAUCAAGGUCAAGAGCAAGUAUGACCUCAUCGUCAGCUCGGCUGAGCAGGCUGCCCUCGAGGAGAUGCUUGGCAAGUGUUGA